CACUGAAGAAGAAAACUAUUAUAUUUAUUUGAGAUCAUCUUCUCAGAUGAGGAGGAGUUGAAUUUAAUGGAUAUGAAGAGACCAAGGAAGCAAUUAUUAUCACCUGAAAAUUCAUCACCAGAUUCAAAAACUGAUUCAAUUUCAAGAUUUGGAGGGGAGAAGAAGAAUGGGUUUAAUAAAGUGAGAUCAAUGGGGAUCUUAGUAAUGAUAUUACCAGUUUUGGUUUUGAUAUCAGUGGUUUAUCGUAACCCACGAUUCUCUGGGUUUGUACACGCAAGGGAAUUGGAAGUAUUUACUAAUAAAGUUUCAGAAGGUGAUUCAACUAAACCUGUCACUGAACAGAAAGACAAACUCCUCGGUGGACUUCUUAUUGCUGGGUUUGAUGAAGAAUCUUGUCGAAGUAGGUACGAGUCUGCCUUAUAUCGAACAACAUCACCCCACAAACCUUCUACUCAUCUUCUUGACAGAUUAAGGAAUUAUGAAGCUCUUCAUAAACGUUGUGGUCCGUACACUGAAUCUUACAACAAAACAGUAGAAAAGCUCAGAUCCGGAUAUGCCAUUGAACCUACAGAUUGCAAUUACUUGGUAUGGGUAGCGUUUAGUGGCUUAGGGAAUCGGAUACUAACACUAGCUUCAGCAUUUUUAUAUGCUCUUCUCACGAACCGGGUUCUACUUGUUGAUCGAGGUAAAGACAUGGCUGAUCUCUUCUGUGAACCAUUUCCUGAGAUGUCAUGGUUAUUACCACUUGACUUCCCUCUUAAUCAGUUCGACAGUUACGACCAGAAAUUUCCACGGUGUUACGGGAAUAUGGUGAAAAAGAAAAUGCUAAACAAACCAAAAACCUCAUUGCCGCCAUUUAUGUAUCUUCAUUUAGUCCAUGAUUAUGAUGACCAUGAUAAACUUUUCUUCUGUGAUCAAGAUCAAGCUCUUCUUCAGAAAGUUCCUUGGUUGGUCAUGAAAACAGAUAACUACUUUGCUCCAUCACUCUUCUUGAUACACUCUUUCGAAGAAGAAUUGAGUAACCUUUUCCCGGACAAAGGAACAGUUUUCCACCACUUGGGUCGAUAUCUUUUUCACCCAUCAAAUCCUGUAUGGGGAUUGAUUACUAGAUACUACCAAGCUUAUUUAGCCAAUGCAGAUGAAAGGCUAGGAAUUCAAGUGAGGGUCUUCGAUACUGGAGCCGGCCCGUUUCAGCAUGUUUUGGAUCAAAUAUUAGCAUGUGCACUGAAAGAGAAACUGCUUCCAGAAGUUAACAAACGCGAACCAGUUCUUUACCCCACUGGAGAUCGAAAGUCUAAAGCUGUUCUGUUGACAUCUUUAAGUGCUGGCUACUCUGAUAAUAUACGAGACAUGUACUGGGAAUACCCUGCGGUGAAUGGUGAAGUUAUCAGUGUUUACCAGCCAAGCCAUGAAGAAUAUCAACAGACAGAGAAAAAGGACCAUAACAGAAAAGCGUUGGCAGAAAUGUAUUUGUUGAGUUUAACUGACAAGUUGAUAACAAGUUCAUGGUCGACAUUUGGAUACGUGGCGCAAAGUCUUGGUGGAUUGACGCCAUGGAUUCUUACGAAACCUGAAAACAAAACUGUUCCUGAUCCCCCUUGUUUCCGGGACAUGUCAAUGGAGCCUUGUUUCCAUGCACCUCCAUUUUACGACUGCAAAGCAAAAACAGGCACUGAUACAGGCGCGAUUGUUCCUCAUGUGAGACACUGUGCGGACAUGAGCUGGGGCCUUAAAUUGGUUGGGAGGAAUGAAUUCUAACUUCAAUGCAGACGAUUAUUGUUGUUGUCAGAUGUAAGUGAGAGUAGGAAUUUUGAUACUUAGUUAUGUUUGUAUCUAUACAUUAUUUUGUGCAGGAAUCUCAGCUACCUGCUGCAGUGAAGGAACUCACGACCCUAAGAAGACGCAAAAAGUAAUUUGGAGAGGUGUUUUUCGAUGUGGUAUAACUAGGAAAAUUCUUGUCAUUUAUAUCCCAUAAACAUAGAGGAUUCUAGUUUGACGCCGCGCCUUUGUUCAAGUGGUGUGGUUCGGUAAGAGACUGUAACGAGUGUCAAAGCUAACCAGCAUGUUGCUGCUAUAGCUAGCUAAUUUUGGUUUCAAAUUUUUAACAUAGUUUUGCUUGUCAGUUUGUUCCUGGACUUGUUUAUGUUUGGCAGACAACAGAGUAUUUAGCGUAAAAAGUCUGUAUAUCUUGGUUUUCAGAACCCGAAUUUUUUCUCAAGGACUUGAUUCAUAAAGCUCUUAA